AUGGGUCCAAAGCAAGCGAGUGCAAACAAGGGUAGUGAAAAGAAAAAGCGUAUGAUGACAAUCGAGAUAAAGCAUGAAAUAAUCGAAAAACAUGAGAGUGGUGUACGAGUGACUGAGCUGGCUCGCCAAUAUGGGAGGAGUACAUCAACAAUAUGUACCAUCCUCAAGCAGGAGGAUGCUAUAAAGAGCACCAAGCCUUCCAAAGGACUAACCAUCCUUUCCCAGCUGCACAGCGAGACGGACACCGAAAUUGACCAUAACCUUGUUUUGAGAAUAACUAAAAUUAAUGUUCAGGCUACUACUAGACUAGGCAAGCACCGCAACCCCAAUCUUAUAGAAAUGGAGUGGUUAUUGAAGAUCUGGCUCGAAGACCAAAACCAACAAAAUGUUCCAGUGAGGCUUUAUUUUAUUCAGAAGUUGGCAAUGGAGUUGUAUAAGGCAGUAGUGCAGAAGAGAGGGGAAGGUAGUGGAAGUGAACCAUUUGUAGCCAGCAGAGGCUGGUAUAAUUGUUUCAAGGUUCGUGCAAAUUUGCACAACCUCAAGUUACAGGGUGAAGCUGCUAUUACAGACAAGGAAGCAGCAGCAGGAUUUCCUACUUGUUUGGCUGAGAUCAUUAGAGAUGGAGGUUAUACUGCUGAUCAAGUUUGUUUUCAAUAUGGAAGAGACAGGCUUAUUUUUGGAAGUGUGUGCCCGAUCACGGGUGUGCAUGUCCAAGAGGGGAGCAGACAGCACCAGACCAGCAAAAGUCGUAAAAAGAGAGUGACUGUACUUCUUGGAAGCAAUGCCAGUGGUGACUUCAGGCUGAAGCCCUUGUUAGUGUAUUUGAAUGAAAAUCAUCAAAGGCACUUAAGGGAAUUUUCAGGUCUCAGCUCCCUGUCACUUGGAAGGCUAACAAGACAGCCUGUGCUGUGUUACUGUUUCUAUCAUUGA